AUGUUGUCGGACAUGAGCAAUGAUGGCCAGACAGGAUAUUUUUCUGGUUUCAAUGCCACUGAUCUAUCCUUAUAUAAUGACUUACAAGAGACCGACUACAAUAAGUAUUUAUUUUUUGCCGUCUGUUCAGCAUUGUUUGGUUUACCAUCGAACAUACUUCUACUAGUUAUUCUCAUGCGAAUCGGUUUGUUUAGUCAAAAUCGAACGCGUUCACCAUACAUUACACGACCCACGACCGGCUCCUUCGAACGCUUCUUAUUCGAAGUUGUUAUUAUUGAUACACUUUUGAUUAUUUAUCAUUUUGUUGAUAAUUUUCUAAGUUAUAUUCAAGGGGAUCGAUCAGCUGGCCAACAUUAUCUCAUUCAUGUGUCGGAUUUCUGUUGUAAAUUUUUUACAUACAUUGCAAAAAUGAGCGUUCUUUUAACAACAUGGUUACUGUUACUUUUAAUUAUUAAUCAAGUGAUUCUUUCCUUAGAAUAUACAACGAAUCGUGGUUCAUGUUGGAAUCGUGGUUUAUACUAUAUCAAUGCAAAGUAUUCCACUGUUCUACUUGUAUUUAUCUUUAGUGUUACGAAUAUUUACCCAAUUGAAGUUUUGAAGUAUCAAAAAAAGGACGAAUUACAAGAUUAUCAGAAAGAGGGUGUGCCGGGCGUGUGUUCAACUGUUCUAGAAGGUAAAAGUGGGAGAUUAUUGAAUGCAUCAAAUUAUGGUUAUAAUCUUCUUGGCAUUGCUAUACCUUGUGUGUUAAUCUUAGUUCUUUCAAUGAUUAUUAUCUACCGAACAUGUCGAAAUUCGAAACAUCUCAGUCGAGAAUCGCGUUCAUUUCAUUACAUAGCUGGUUUGAUUGGAAUUUUACAUUCAUUGUUUAAUUUACCCAGCCGUUGUAGUGACAUUCUGCUAAUGUCAUUAUCACCAUAUGUGUCAUUCUUUCCACAUUUGAUUUAUUUUAAUCAUGAAGCUAAAUCCGUCAUAUUUCUCUCUUAUGGAUAUAAACUUUUUGCUUGUAUAAUAAUUAGUCGACGGUUUCGUUUACAUGCCAAGAGUAUCUUAUGUUUUCUGAUUGAAAACAAAUAUGAAGAUCGACAUACAACGGAAAUUGUGAGUACCACGAACGAUUGGCAACAAUUGAAACGACAUCAUCGACAUCAUCGUCGAAAUGAGUCCAUCUUCCCCAAGUUCUCUACUCACAAAUUAUUAUCGAGAAAAUUUUCUCCUUCACAUAUCAACCAAGAGGACUUGCAUCGGUUUAAAACAUCAGAUACUACGUCAUGGAUCCGGCCAUACUUCGCUCAAUAUGAGAAACGUUCUCUACUAAGACCUUGUGGUCGGGCUGUUAGCUGUCAUCAAAUAACUUGUUUCGCCCCUCCCUUGUCGAUUGACGUUAUCAAGCCGCUCGACCAGUGUACUCGGACUGAAACCAAUUCAUUGUCGUCGCCAUCAGCAGCAGCAGCAGCAGCAUGCAUUAUGAAUGUCCCGUUACCAAGUGGUGAAUAUCUUCCAAUUCCAUUACCGCAAAAACAUGUCCCACAAGUUCAUUCAAUAUUGUAA